AACUUUGAUAUUUAUUUAUAAAUUAACAAUUAAAUAAUAAUAACUAAUAACAGCAUGAUUCGAAUCCAAAACUUUUGACAUUAGAACAUUCACAACAAAGAACCCCUAAUGGUUAGGGGCUCUCUGGAGAGCAGAGGCUACAUAGCCACCCCACAAAAAUAAAAUGUUAAAUGAAAUUAAAAAUUUAUUAAAUUGAAACUUGAAAAUUAUAAUAAUCCUAAAAAAUUUACAUUAAAAAUAAAAUUUAAAAUUACAUCAAUUUAAAACAUAUCCUAAAUAUUACUAGAGAUUGCAUCCUCGACGUUUGAAAAUCUCAUCUAUCAUUUGCUUAAGUAUUGCUAAUUUAACGACUAUUUCGAACUUAAAAAUAAAAUUGAAUCCAACGACUAGAUUAAAUAAAAAAAUAUAUUUUUUUUUAAUAUGACAAGUGCACUGCACGCGCCUUUUAUAAAAUUGUUCGAACCAAGCUCAAUUUCACGAGCCAUCGAUCGAACUCGGCACGGCAGCAAAGCGGGGCUCGCACAAUCGCUAAACCAAGACUCACACCCGAUCAACGCUAGAUUUUUCUUAUUUUUAAUAAAUUAUAUACAUAAAUAAAAAAAUUUAAAGUGAGCAUGACAAUAAACUCGAACACAAGACCUUAUGGGCUUUGGGCGUGCAUGGGUUGCAGGACCAACGCUAACUUUUGAUAUUGUGAGUUGUGACAAACAUGUGGAAUCAAAUUAACUGAUAAAUUUACUGAGAGAAAAGUCUGUUGCAAAUAAAAUACUUCUACCAAUCCCUAAGAAGCUUCUCUUCUCUUCCAAAAUUUCAACAUCUUGCUUCUUCUUUUUUCCCUUUUUCCUAUGUAGUUUUUUAAUUUAUUUUUUCUUUUUUUGAACGGAUUUCAUUUUAUUUUUUCAAGAUCAGUUUUUUCGUACAAUACCUGUAGCUGUCCCAUUUCCCUACCUGUUACUUUCUCCCUCCCAUCAUUUAAAAAACGCGUUAUAAAUUUUCUAAUCCCACUGCGCUUAUUUUUCUUCAUCAAAAUCCUACUUUCCUUAUUUUUCAUUUCCCAGUUCAGAGCAUCCUGCUCCAACAAACCAGCAGGAUUCUUGAGGUCUAACGCCAUAGUUGCAGAUUCUUGUGUUUAUAUGUAUUUAUAGUUGCAAACUUUUGUUGAAAUUUCUGUGUAUUUUGCUCAUGAUUAUACAAGUAUUUAUUUAUGUUACUGAUCAGUCUGAUCUGGUGUGUGUGAAACCCUAAAUGAUCAAGACAAAGAAACGUUACCUUUGUUUCUCUGCACAUUCUUGAAUUUGAGGAAAGUUUUCCUCUUGCAGCUCUCUCUCUCUCUCUCUCUCUCUGGCUCUUGUUGAAGUCAGUAUUCAAACAAGGGAGGCUGCAAUAGUCAGUCUUGAGUUAUAGUCAACCUACACCAUUAUCCAUCUUCCCUAUGUUUUUUUCCAAAUUUGAGUGGUAAAUUCUACUGCAGAUUCUCUAAUUCUUCUGUUGCACAAGUCCAUGCUCUUCAAAAACCUUGAUUUACCGAUAUUCCACAACAAAAAGAUUCAAUCUUUGCUCUCCAUUCAACAACCAAAACAGCCUCAUUUUCUUCAUUCAAGAACAAGUCGUGAGCCGAUGGCCGAUAUCACCGAUGCGGAACGUCACGUUGUUGCCGCAUCGUAUCACCUGGUCAAGGCCCUUCAAGCAACCAAGAUCCUGAGCAAUGAUGCGAGGAGACUUCUCGAAGACCUCGACGUCCAUUUGUCCACAGUGAUCAAGCUCAAUGAAAAUGAAUCAAAAGCAGAUAACAUCAGAGAGCUCGAGACGAGGCUCGUCUCGUCCCACCAAACCAUCAUGAGUCUGCAUUCGAGCUACUCGAAGAUCUGGGCUUCCAAUCCUGUGAUAGUCUUGGAAUACUUACAAGCAGUUGGCGAGGUUCAGAGAUUGAUUGAGAUUCUUGAAGAUAUGCCAUUGAAUCGACUGAGAAAGGAGGUUCUUGAUCAGGCAAAAACUACUCUGCAGAUGGCUAUGGACAGGCUACAAAAUGAGCUGAUCCACACACUUGUGCAGAACAGACAGUGCUUCGAGCACGAAUACGUGUCCUCACUCCCAGUUUGCGAAGUGUAUCCAAUAUACGAGGAGUCCGUCAUCUCCAACGAAGAUGACUCGGUCGAGGAUGCGUCUCUCAAGGGCCGUAGCAGUUCGGAGACCGAGGAAUGCGCGAUGGAUCUGAUCCAUCCGGAUGUGGUUCCUCAAAUCAAGUCCAUCGCAGAUACAAUGUUCGCCUCGGGCUAUGCUCAGGAGUUCUGUAUGGCCUUCACCGCGUUCUGGAAGGAUAUAUUUGCGGAGUACUCGAUGAUCCUCUAUGUGGAGCAGCUUAGCAUCGAAGACGUGCAGCAGAUGGAGUGGAAGCACUUGAACUCGAGAAUCAGGAAGUGGCGCGUGGCGAUGAGGAGAAUCAUCGGCGUCUAUCUUGGCAGCGCAAAACGGCUGUUCGACCAAGUUCUCGGAGAUUACGGCCAUAUCAGCUCAGCUUGCUUGCUUGAGGCUUCAAGGGGGCCUCUCUUCUGUCUCUUGAAUUUCGGUAAUGCUGUGUCAAUUGGACCCCACGGGCCCGAAUGGCUCUACUGCUUGCUCGAUAUGUACGAAGUUGUAGCUGAUCUCGUUCAGGAUCUGGAUGCCUUGUUCCCACAAGAGACAGAGUCGUUGAUCAGGAUCGAGUUCCACGAGCUUCUGUCACAACUACGAGAAUCUGUUAGAGUCGUCCUCAAAGAGCUAGGAAACUGCAUUGCAGCAUGCCCUUCUACUACCCCUUUCCAAAAUGGAGGGAUUCACCCCCUAACAAAGUAUGUCGUCAACUACAUCUUGUGCUUUGCUGAAUACGAGGAUACGGUUCAUUUGCUUCUUCAAGAUCCACAACACGACAGGGAGCGUGGAGACGAAGAGCAGAGCACGGAUGUUGUGGUGGAUCCUAAUCCCACUUGUGCCUUGGCAAUGUACCUACAGUCACUCACAUCAAUUUUAGAAGCAACCUUAGACAAGAAAUCGAGUUUAUACAGGGAUCCUUCAUUGAAGCAUAUCUUUUUGAUGAACAAUAUUCACUACACGGUUGAGAAGAUCAAGAAUUCUAAAGUCAGCCACUACUUUGGGGAUGAUUGGAUCAAAAAACACUUUGUGAAGUUCCGGCAGCAUGCAAUGUAUUACCAAAGAACGACGUGGAGUUCUUUACUAACCUUUCUUCGUGAUGAUGGGAAAGUCGGGAAGGCAACUCUAAAGGCGAGAUGCCAAGACUUCACCGCUGCUUUUGAGGAUCUGUACAAGAGCCAGACAAGAUGGGUCGUCCCGGAUCCUCAACUCCGUGAAGAUGUGAGGAUAUCAGCUUCCAAGACGGUUAUCCAAGCAUACCGCAACUUUGUCAAUAAGAUUAUCAAUUCUAUUGGCGAAAAGCACAUCAAGUACACCGAACAGGAGUUGGGAAUGCACAUCAUGGAUCUUCUUGAAGGGUCAUCGAAAUCAUUGAACCAUUCUCGAAAGAGGUGACAUGGAUGAUUUCAAAUGCAUUUGUUCUUCCUAGUUUUUACUAAUCUUUUGUUGUUGUUCUGUAGUAUGUAUUUCAGUGUCAAUUGUUAACAUUCCAAAUUUUGUAAUGUUAGCUGUACAUUAUAUAUGUUAUGCCCUCCCAUAUGUAACAUAAUCAUAUUCUGUCGGCAAAAAAUUGUAGAAAAAUAACAGCAUAGAAUUACCAUUA